AUGGAAAUCUUACAGAAGGGCGAGGCCUUCAAACGGAUUGAUGGGAACAUGAAGUUUUCCUACGUCCAGGUUUUUGCGCAGCAAGACGGCAUGUUAUAUUCCGGAAAAUGCGUGAAUCGAUUAGACAUGCCAAAGACGUUGGACGAUCUUCAGGAACUCAAGCAAAUUUCAACCGAGGAUAGAGGUCCAGAAGUCAAUACCACCUGGUUAGCAGUCUAUGUGAAAACACCAAGUCUCCUCGCGUAUGCCAAUGGAAAUCCUGAAAAGCAAAUCAGUCGCGAAGUUGAGACAUGCGAGAUUCUUCGCAAGAAUCCCCAUCUGAAUACUGCAAUCUAUUAUGGUUACAUGGAGACUCAUGGUCGAGUUUCUGGGCUGUGUUUCAAGCGAUAUACUUCCACGCUACUGGAGACAGUCAACCUCAGCACCUUAACAAUGUCGCUUUCGUUUCAAGUUCCUGUGGAUCCGUGA